GCUCCGACUCACUCUGUUUCGCCAUUUCCGAUCGGGGCAGUUGAUCCCGAGCUCGAUCGAUUCCGUUCCUUCCGUUCGUAUUUUCCCGGCGAGAAGGGAGCGAGGAUGUCGGGGCGCGGGAAGGGAGGGAAGGGGCUGGGCAAGGGCGGGGCGAAGCGGCACCGCAAGGUCCUCCGCGACAACAUCCAGGGGAUCACGAAGCCGGCGAUCCGCCGCCUGGCGCGGCGGGGCGGCGUGAAGCGCAUCAGCGGGCUGAUCUACGAGGAGACCCGCGGGGUCCUCAAGAUCUUCCUCGAGAACGUGAUCAGGGACGCCGUCACCUACACCGAGCACGCCCGCCGCAAGACCGUGACGGCCAUGGACGUCGUCUACGCGCUCAAGAGGCAGGGCCGGACUCUGUAUGGGUUCGGCGGCUAGGGCCGGGGUUCGAGGGGGGUCGGUCGUGGGGGAAAGAGCAAGUCUUGCUGUCAAGAAGAAGGAAGAAGGGAAGGUUUUUGGGGGGGUUUUUCUUUUUGGGCUUGUAGAUUGGGGGGUGAAAUUAGGGUUUCGGUGGGGGAUUGGAAUUGUGGGUUUUUCAAGGGUAAUCUUGUAAAGGAAGGAUCUUGACUGGAAUAGGAAUGGGUGGGGACUUGGGAGAUACUGCUUAUCCGUAGUUUCUAUGUGUGUACUGUAAACUUGCCCUGACGAUGCUUAUAAGCUUUCAUUUCAUGGCAAUUGUGAUUUCUGGUGAUUUUUGUCCUUGCUUGAUGCUAAUCCAGAAGAAGAUUCAGUGUA